UCCAUUAAUUCCUCUCUCUCUCUCUCUCUCUCUCUAUUCCCUCCCCCCAUCCCUCUUUUUUCUUCCUCCCAUAUAUAUACAUUUCUUCUCAUUCCUUAUUAUCCCAUUGUUUCAGAGUGAGAAGGGAAAGAGCACAGGAAUUAUGUGUAUGCUUUGAAAGGGAGGAAAGGAUCCAUCCACAGACAGAAAGAGGAGGUUCUUGAUUGUGAAUGGUUAACUCCUCCUCCUCCUCCUCCUUUUCAACUAGAAUACCCCAACAACAACAGCAAUGGCUGCUGCUACUUCUCCUUGCGUCUCUUCUAAUGACAAGAAGCACUGGUGGCUUAGCACUAGAAAGAUUGUGGACAAGUAUAUCAGAGACGCCAGAAGCCUGAUUGCCAGUCAUGAACACAGCGAGAUCGCCUCCGCUGUGGGACUACUAGACGCGGCCCUCGCAAUCUCACCGCGGCUCGAACAAGCCCUCGAACUCAAAGCCAGGUCUCUGCUCUUUCUCGGCCGAUUCAAAGACGUGGCCGAUAUGCUCCAGGACUACAUUCCCAGCCUCAAAAUCGGAAUCGAAGACUCCUCCGGCUCAUCCGACUCUUCGUCGUCUCAGAAUCUGUCGAGGGAGCGAGUCAAGCUUCUCUCGGCCAACAGCACCAACUCCUCCUCCGACUCGCCAUGUCAGGAUCCCUCCUUCAAGUGCUUCUCUAUCUCCGACUUGAAGAAGAAAGUCAUGGCAGGCCUCUGCAAAAAUUGCGACAAGGAAGGGCAAUGGAGGUACUUGGUUCUGGGGCAGGCUUGCUGCCAUUUGGGACUAAUGGAGGAUGCCAUGGCCCUCCUCCAAACCGGCAAACGCCUCGCUGCUGCCGCAUUCCGCCGCGAGAGCACGUGCUUAUCCGACGACAGUUUCUCCUUCCCCAAUUUUUUCAACAACACAUCCUCGUCCUCCACCAACAAUGCACCCUCAACGCCCCCGCGGACCUUAACCGAGACUGAAACCGUGACCCACCUCCUCAGCCACAUCAAGCAGCUCCUCCGCCGCAGAACUGCAGCCCUCGCUGCCCUUGAAGUUGGUGCAUACUCCGAGUCCAUCCGCCACUUCAGCAAAAUCCUCGACGGCCGGCGAGGUGCACCCCAGGGAUUCCUGGCCGAGUGCUACAUGCAGCGUGCCUCAGCGUACCGGGCUACUGGUCGGAUAGCGGAGUCCAUUGCGGACUGCAAUCGGACUUUGGCUCUUGACCCCAGUUGUAUACAAGCAUUAGACACAAGAGCUGCACUUCUCGAAACAAUCAGGUGUUUGCCGGAUUGCUUGCAUGAUCUAGAGCACUUGAAGCUUUUGUACAAUUCAAUUUUGAGGGACCGAAAGCUUCCCGGUCCGGCAUGGAAAAGACACAACAAUGUCAGGUACAGAGAAAUUCCGGGGAAAUUAUGUGUUCUGACCACGAAGAUACAAGAACUGAAACAGAGGGUGGCUUCUGGAGAGACAGGAAAUGUGGAUUACUAUGCUUUGAUCGGUUUAAGAAGAGGGUGUUCGAGGUCCGAGUUAGACAAAGCUUAUUUGUUGCUGUGUUUGAGGCACAAGCCUGAUAAGGCCACUGUUUUCAUUGAUCGGUGUGAGUUAGCUGAUGAUCGCGAUAUUGAUUCGGUUAGAGAUAGAGCAAAGCUAUCUGCAUUGUUGCUGUACAGAUUGCUCCAGAAAGGUUAUUCUAGUUUGAGCACCACCAUUAUGGACGAAGAGGCUUCUGAGAAACAGAGAAAGAAGGCUGCAGCUGCACUUCAAGCAGCUCAAGCUCAAGCACAGGCUCAUGCUCAGGCCGCACAGGCUGCAGCAGCGGCGGCAAUUCAAAUCCAACAGACCCAAGAAGCCAUGAUUGAAUUCGAAUCUGCUUCCUCAAAUUCGAAUUCGAAUAGUAAUAGGAUGGUUCAUUCAUCGGAAGCGAAAGCGUUCCAAGGGGUGUUUUGCAGAGACAUUGCGGUGGUUGGGAAUUUGCUGUCGCAAGUAGGGUUUAACCGCCCAAUUACGGUCAAGUAUGAGGCAUUGAGCUGCUGAUCAUCAGCAGAUCAGCUUCCAAAAUUAGAAACGUUGGAGCUUCACCGGCGGGGCAAUGAGUCUUAUCUAUGCUUCAUUUUGUACAAAGAAAAAAGAAAAUUUGAAGACGUUGCCGGGAAAUUUUGUCACUCUUUCCCAUUUGCUUAUCUACUAUUACUACUACUAGUGUUAAAUCUACUAUUUUACUACUGUACAUAAUUUUCUACUUUCGGGAUUAUGGCUCUAGCUUAAAAUUCACUCGA